AUGGGUAAACCAAAAGCAAAUAAGAACCAUUCUAAAUCCCGCACUCCAAACGCGUGGAUAUUGUUUUCUAACAACCAUCAUAACGGAAAAAUUAGAAAACAUGGGAGCAAGAAUGUUAAAAGAACGGAUUCUAUGAAGUCCGCACAGAUAGAGUGGGAAAAUAUGUCAAGCAAUAAAAAAUUAGAUUUUUUUUUGCAAGGUGAAACUAUCAAAGAACGAACACAAGUCGAAGAAGCAAACAAAUACCUAGAUGAUAACGAAAAACUAACUCCAAUUACGCACGACCGUUUUAUUAUUAUAACACCGAAUUAUUAUAAAAGACUACAAAAAUCCAAAGAAAAUAGAGUAAAAGAGAACAAAGUUUUCGGUGAAUUUAUUCAAGAAGAUGCGUAUAUUUAA